GCUCCUCCACUCUAGCUCAUAACGCUCGGAAUCUUCAACUGCUUAGGUCGCUGGGCUCCCCAUCCCCACUCGAAUAAUCCGAAAAUACAUAAAUCGCCGGGAAAAUGAUUUGGUGUGAAAAAUUAGUGCAAUUAUGAUCUUUUUUUAGAAUAUCUUUGUUGAAAGCUUUCCCUUGGGCGCUAGUGCGGUUUUCUUUUUUGAUUACGAUAUUUUAAUCGAAGAAAAGUCCAAAAGCUCGCGUUGAGAAUGUUGUUAAAUUAAACAGACAUACAAAAUUCGAUGUGAAAUAUCAGUUGAACAAAUUUUUAAAAUAACACUACAAAAAAAAAAAGAGAAAGCAGUAAAGUUUGUCAAAAUUUUACAGUGUUAUGCAGAGUGUGGUGUGGGUGUUAUUAGCUUGUGCUGCUGUUGCUGCUUCCCCCAAUUCGUCGUCUUCCCUCCUAUCCCAUUCGUGAAUAUCCAUACACAACAGAUCCCAACAGCAAUAAUAAUAACAACAACGACAGCAGUGUGAAACCACAUUUUAGUCGCCAAAAAGUCGUCGUUGUCUUCGUGCUUCCCGUGCCCAGAGAUAGACUGUCAUCAUGUUGGACGAUGACAACUCAGAUCUGCUGGUCUGUGCAUCGGAGAUGCAGGAAGACCGUUUGUACUUUGUGGCCUUCAAAAAGAAUAUCAAGCCAAAGAACACGAUUAAUACCCACUACUUCAGCAUCGACGAGGAGUUCAUAUACGAGAACUUCUACAACGACUUUGGGCCCUUGAACAUCUGCAUGCUGUACAGAUAUUGCAUGAAACUGAACACAAAGCUGAAUGCCAAGUGCCAUGCCAACAAAAAGAUAGUCCACUACACCUCCAUGAAUCCGGCCAAGCGACUCAAUGCAGCCUACCUGAUUGGUUCGUAUGCAAUAAUCUACCUAAAUAAGACGCCUCAGGAGGCGUAUCGGCCGCUGGUCGCCGGCGAGAUUCCCGCCUACACACGCUUUUGUGACGCUAGUUAUGGACCCAGCAGUUUUAAGAUUUCACUGCUGGAUUGCUUAAAUGCUGUGCACAAGGGAUUGCAGGCGGGAUUCUUUAAUUUCAACGACUUCGAUGCCGAGGAGUACGAGUAUUUCGAGCGCGUGGAGAACGGCGAUUUCAAUUGGAUAGUGCCUCAGAAGUUUAUAGCGUUUUGUGGACCCCAUCAGAAGAGCAAGACACUGCCGAAUGGUUACCCAUGCCAUGCACCCGAGCGCUACUUUAGCUACUUUCGGGAUAACAAUGUCACGACAGUGAUUCGGCUGAAUGCAAAGGUCUAUCAUGCAUCUUCCUUUGAGAACGCUGGCUUUGAUCACAAGGAUCUGUUUUUCAUCGAUGGCAGCACGCCGAGCGAUGCCAUCAUGAAGAAAUUCCUGUCAAUCUGCGAGACGACGAAGGGAGCGAUUGCAGUUCAUUGCAAAGCGGGCUUGGGACGCACUGGCAGCCUGAUAGGAGCGUAUAUAAUGAAGCACUACGGGUUCACAGCCCUGGAGUCCAUUGCGUGGUUGAGGCUUUGCCGGCCAGGAUCGGUCAUUGGACAUCAGCAGCAGUGGAUGGAAGACAAACAAAGCUGGCUGUGGUCAGAGGGCGAACGAAUGCGCCGACGCACCUCGCUGCCUAUUCUGCAGCAUACGUACGGAAUCAACAGCCUGGAGCUGAAGACCAAACUGGCGUCGGCAGCAUCCGAUUCCUCGGAGCAUGUGGAUCUGUUACUAACCCGCGUAAAAGGCAUUUCACAACGCGUAGAUACGAUGCACUUGAACGACCAGGACAACUUGGAUGCUGGAUGCGUUGAUCAAACGGACGAAGAGUUAAUGGAGCAGCGUCGUUUAGAGCGGGACGAACGAGCCUUGUAUCAAUCCGCUGAGGAUCCCAAUUGCAAUGUUAGCGAUGACAACGAUACGGAUACGAUUAGUGCACCAGCGGAUCAGCCCUCCAGUUAUACAAUAUCGACAAGGCGGAGGAAAUCUCCAUCGGCUGCGAACAAGCCGACGGUGAUAGCCACAACCCUUAGGCGGCUGGUUAAUCCCAAUGCCAAUCGGAGUGCAUUGCCUCCUGCUCCUGAGGUGGCCAGCUGCACGGAGAAGAAAUUACGCAAACCAAGUGCUAAUGUCUUUGAGGCAGCUCGUCACACCAUUGCUUCCACUGUCAGGAUGACGCAAACGGCACUGGAGAAGAAGCAGGCUCAGACGCAGGGCGACAAGUUAAACCAGAUCAAGGCGCUGAGGAGGCACCACUCGAGAUCCGUCAACGUGAAUAGCAACAGCGAGCAGGAAUCGAAUAUGAGGCAUACGAGGGCUAGAUCCCAGCCCUUCCGGAAUAAUGGCAAUGGGGUGGUUGGGAAUUCAACGAUGGCUGCCGCCUUGAAGGCGGGUCAGCCCACUUCCUCCUGUUUGCCAACGAGCUCAGCGGCGGCUGCUGCACUUUUGGCCAACAAUCUGAACAACAACAAUAGCAGCGGCAGUAGCAAUAACAACAAUAACAUCAACAACAACAACAACAACAACAGUAAUCUAAGCAACUCCCUGAAUAACUUUAACAACAACAACAAUACCACUAACAAUAUUCUGGCCACUUCGGGGAGCAGUCGCACCCGCAGCCUUGCGAUCUAUAGCAAAAGAAUGGAACUAAAGCACCUUCGAAAGGCGGAACAGCAGCAGCAGCAGCAGGAACAGCCAAUGCUGUCGGUGGAGAAGCAACUCCUCCGUCCGUAUGCCACCAUAAAUGAGAGUAAGAUACCAGUGGUGUCUAGUGGCAGUGGUGGGGCCGGCAGCUCGGCCACCAUACCACCCACUCGGGGCAGUGCGGCCCGCACCUCUCAUCACCAUAUGACGCUCAGGGGGAGAUCUAGAAUACGUUACCAGCGUCCCAAUGCCGGGGAACCGGCUCCGGUGGCGGCCCAAACCCAACCUUGUACGGUGGCCACGGCUCGGUACUAUCGGGACGUAUCGGCCAUACCCACCGUAGGGGUCUUGGGUGGUGGGUCGUCCUCUUCUGUCUCCUUUAACAUAGCCACACGCUCCGCAUCCGCAACGCUCGAUCUCAACUCCAAUCCGCUGCCGAAAACCAAGUUAACUAGUCUCAACAAUAAUCCAACACCCACUCCUCCUCCCUCCUCCAAUCCUGCAGACACAAGCCGGCUUAGUGGGCGUGGCAGUGCCGAACUGCAGGCGAUCAUCGAGCACGGCCUGACGGCCGGAUCGGCCAAGCGGAACAAGCGAUCGCUAAGCUCCACGCGACUGGACAAGGACAAGAGUGAUGAGUACAACACCAAGCUGCUGAGAAAGACAGCGGCCGCCGCAGCAGCAGCGGCCACAGCAGCAUCAUCUGGAGCAACAGCAGCAGCAGUACCAGCCACCAGCGGACACAUCAAUGCCACCCACUCUGCCACUACCACAACCAACAGCAACAUAAACAACAAUUGCAAGUACAACAGUUGCAGCAGCAGCAACAGCGGCAGCUUCAAGCUCUCGCGUCGCCUUUUCGGGGAAUCUGGAUCCUCGGCAUCGACAUCCGCAUCGAAUUCGGGGAUACCAACGCCCACGGCCCCGCCCUCCACCAGCCAAUGGCAUCAGCAUCUGGCCCGUGGCGUCAAUCGGGUGUCCAGCGAGAGGGAUCGAGAGCGACAUCAGCAGUCGACUCUCGACCAUCAGCAAUCCAAUCUCAAGCUGCGCAAGAAGAUCAGCUACUGAGCCGUUGUCCUUGUUUCCUUUGGCUAUGUAGAUAUUAUUUUGAUUAGUAAAUUGAUUUCACGAAGUAGUGGUAAAUGCUUUCCUAAUGCGAUCAAAUUUGGUGAUUGAUUUUCUAAUCAAAUUCAAAUUAUUUGUAAGAACAAUCUCAUUUGUACUCUUCAAUUUUUAUAGGCAAAAUUUUUCAAAUUGUUAUUAAGGUUUAUGAAAAUUGUUGUAUAAAAUCAGAUUUUAAUUGUGUAAUAAAAUAAUUGUUUAAGUUUUUUAGGGAGGUCGAAGUCAAGGCUCUGUUUUUAGAAACAAAAAUUGUACAAAUUUAAAACUAGAUAAGUUGAAAUUCGUAAAAGUAAAUAACUUUUUGAAUAAUUAGACAAUGAAGAUGUUAAAGUAUUAAUAAGAAUUUAUUUUAUUAAAAUUGUAAAAUAUUUUUAUGUUAAGAGGGACAAUCUAAUAAUCUGUUCCGGCUAUUAAAAUGCUUUUUUUUUAAUUUUUGUUUAGGAAGAAUAAUAAUACUACUGAAGACAACGAACACCGGUUCAUCGUUUAACCAGGAACUGUAAUUAUUUUACAGGCAAAAUGUUUUAUAAUUUAUUACUUUUACUCUUAACAAAUUUUAUUUGAGUAAACAGUAAGAUUGGAGACAAAAACCAUACAUUUUGUGAAAAAUAUAAUUAUGAAAACCGUGCAAUACUUACAUUAUUGUUACAAAAUCAGUUUUAAAAUACAUUCUAAACUUUAUUUACAAUAUAAAUACUUAGGCUAACAAAAAUCAUAUUAAUUCAUCAAAUUUGAUUAGCAUUGGUAAUGAGAAACAGCUCACCUCUAAUUUCUAAUACAAUCAAAUAAGUUUCAUCCCUUUGAAUUUCGGGGAAUUCCCCCGUUUGGAAAGUUAGCGUAAGUGCCAUUAUGAAGAUUGUUUUUUUUUAACUUCACAUUCAACCCCUUGACGACUUGCUUGAAUCUAUUUUGCCUUAUCAUUGUUGUACAGAAUUAACAUAGACCAGAAGACCUUGAAUAAAUCACUUUUUCAUGUUUUACACCCGCAAUAUUGGUGGGAAAUUGUAUUACCCGAAUAGAUCGUAAGUUACAAACAAAUAUGUGCAUUAUCUGAACUUGUUUAGAAUGUAAAUACAAGACAGUUUACUUAUUUGUAAGCCACGUAGUUAAAAAAUAAAUGUUAUAUAUGCCAUAUA